AUGUCAGAAGGGGGAUUUAGUCUCCGGAAGUGGGCAACCAACGAUCCAACUUUGCGAGAGGAGAUCGCAAGCCACGAGGUCGAUAACUCUGUAACUGAGAGAACGUCCGAGAAGCAAAUCGCUGAAGACGACCAAACUUAUGCCGCAUCAUCAUUGGGUACGAAUGUAACGGACAGUUGUGAAAAUAUUCGUAAGGUGCUUGGAUUACAAUGGAACACGACGGAGGAUAAGCUCGUAUUUGACAUGAAGAAUUAUUCGGACUUGUUCGAGUCAAACACCCCUAUUACGAAACGCAAGGUUCUUAGUGUGAUUUCGAAGGUUUAUGAUCCCAUUGGACUAAUAGCCCCCGUGACGAUCACUAUGAAAGUGUUAUUCCAACAGUUGUGCAAAGACGGCGUGGAUUGGGAUCAAACAAUAUCUGAAGAACUGUACUCGAAGGUAAAGGAAUUGAAAGACGACUUAGAAGAAUGUAAAACAAUCCAGGCGGCACGUUGCUAUAUCGAAGAUAUUGCUGAUAAAAUCAAGUCAGUUGAAUUACUUGGAUUUGCGGACGCGAGCAUCGUAGCAUAUGCAGCCGUAGUAUACAUCCGAGUUUUAACUGCGACAGCGAAUCGAGUACAGUUAGUUGCUUGUAAGACACGCGUAGCUCCACUCGUAAAGCAAAGCAUUCCUCGUCUGGAGUUACUGUCAGCAACUAUUUUAGCAAGAUUAUUUAUCUCUAUCCGCGAAGCACUCAGACCGAUUGUCAAGAUUAGCGCAACCUAUUGUUGGUUAGAUUCUCUAACGGCGAUCUACUGGAUAAGAGGAGAAGAUAGAGAAUGGAAGCCCUUUGUGUAA